UUUUCGUUAACUUAUAUUUUAGAGAAACUACUUAGAAUGACUCUAAACAAUCAUGAAAUAACUAAAGUAACUCUUAUAAAUUUGAAGCUACUAGAGUAACUUUCAGAACAUUGAAAUUUACGAUUUUGCCAUUAUUAAUAAUUAUACCAAAAUUGAAAAAAAAAAAGGAAAAAUAGAAUUUACCUUUUGUCGGGGUUCGACAACGACAGAAACACAAAACCUCCCCUCGUCGUCUCCGUCAUCUCCAUCUCCAACCCUCUCUUACCUCUCCUCGUCGCCUCCGGCAUCUCCAUCUCCGACCUUCUCUCUUCCUUCAGAAGAUAAGCAAAUCGUUUUUGUCUCAGUCACAUCGGCCUUCGUCUCCGUCUCUUUGAUCCUGGACAAACUCAAAUCGAUUUCGGCUCAGUCACAUCCGGUUUCAGUUGCAGCUUACUCUAAUCCGUGAGUCUUUAAUCUAUGCUAUUCAAGUUUUUUUGUUAUUGUUUAUUAGUUGAUUCCAAGUUAAAAAAUUAGAACCCUAAUUCCCAAUUUCUUCUAAACUUCGAAUUUCAAAUCAAUUUAAUUAAAAAACGUGAGAAUUGUGAAAGAUUCUAUUUGAUUGUUUGAAAUUGUUUCCUUUUUGGGUUUGAUGUUUUCAUCGGAUUGUAACAUUGCUUCUUCUUUUUUGUAGGUAUGGCUUCUUCUUCGGGUGCAAGAAAGUAUCCGAAAAGGCUGUAUGAUGUUGAUAAAACCCCAAUUCAGAGUAGGAGCAUGAACCAUAGUUGUUUUUUGGCCAACAUUCAAGCGGUGGUAGAAGCUGUCGGGGAUGAUGUUGUGUCUGAGUUGAGGGAAUCAGCUGUUGGAGUGAUUCUGAAGCUAAAAGAGUUGGAAUACACUUGGUCUGCUUCUUGCGUUCACCAUUUUCUCGCCAAUCAAUUGGCUAUCGAGAGCACUCAUGAGAUGUGGUCCUCGAUAGACUGUAUGCCGCUGCGGUUUUCUUUGUACGAGUUUGGAGAAAUUACGGGGCUAAAUUGUGAUCCUUUCGACAAGAAUGAGAUUUGGGAUGUGGAGCAUGAAAGUUUCUGGCUGGAGAUGAACGUGCCGACAUCAGAAGGACCUACAUUGAAAGAGUUACAAGCCCUUUUUCCUAUUUGCAGAAACUGGUCUCGAGAAAAGCGAGUGAUGAUAGGUUUGUUGUGUCUGCUAUGCAUUGGGAUAUUUGGAAUUUCAAGCAACAGCAGAAUCCCUUUACAUUGUGCUAAAAGAGUGAUGGAUCCAGAAGCUUUCCAACGAUAUCCAUGGGGUCGUGUAGGAUUUACCAGCCUUCUUGAGUCUAUUAAAGUACUCACCUAUGAUGGAAAGAAGAGUUACACACUUCAUGGUUGUGUUCAUGCGCUCUUAAUAUGGGUUUUUGAGUUUGUCCCUGGUCUAGGAGAGAAAUAUGGGAAUCGGAGAGAAGGUGCUGGUGUCCCUCUUCUGUCAUGGCGGGGAUCUCGUCCGCGUAUUAACUUCUCAGAUUUCUGUGCCCAAGAAAAGAGAACAUAUCAGAAGGUUCGUGUGAGACACAUGGUUGAAAAGCCAAUAGAGGAUAGAUAUCCGCAGUGGGAAGAUAAUAAAUUACAUACUGAGCUGGAUAACUUGAUUCAGGACAUCCUCAAAGGUCAGCUUGAUGAAAAGUAUUGGGAAGUAAUGCCUGCUACGAAAUCGACAAAGAGAAAAAGUCACGUGAACCCACCUUGUGUUCUAGAUACCAUGGAUGUGGGUCCUUCUACUAAGCGAAAGAAGGACACAGAACAUGUCAAUGGUUGCCACACAUCAGAAACGGUUGUAGCUCACAACAUCGCCAUACUUGGGUUGGUUGAGUCGGUGAAGAACCUGACUGGAAAAAUCGAUGGAAUAGAUGUUGUUGUAGCUGACAAGGUUAGCGAGAAACUGGACGCAACCAUACAAGCUAAAGUGGAUGCUAAGGUGGGUUUAUAUAAGGAUGAGGUAAUGAUGAAGAUUGCCAUGUUGGUGGAAGACGUAAAGAAUCUUAAAGAGAAGGCUGGUGUCAACAUUCCUAUCGAUGUAGCUAACUCCAAUGAUCACAACUCCAUUGUGCCAGAAGAGGAUGAUGCUUCUAGCAAUGAGUUGUCAUGGAUGCUUCAGAAGAAGAUAAAUUCACAAGAUGGUUUACCAAUCGAAUGUGUUGUUAAAAAGGAGAAAAAGAAGACGAUGGUGAAGCAGGAGCGUAAGACCACUGAUGUGAAAAAUAAAGGGAAGAAAGCUGAAGUGCCAGUGAAGAAAGUGAAGAAGGAGAAAGCAUUUGUCAUCCCAGAACUAAAUGACAAAUCUAUUUCUUCAGGAGAUUGGAAGAAUCAUUUGGAGUGGGAAAAGAGUGAUAAGUGUAGACAAGUGAUGCAAGAACUUGCUUCAACUUUGGAGAAGGUAAAGCUCAAACGAAAACCCCACUUGACAAAGACUCAAGUAUGGCCGUUUGUAGGGAACUCAACUGUCAAGCGUAUAAUCACUGGCGUCACUCCAUCUACGGUGUCGUACGACCCAUUUGCUAAAGUUGAGUCACAGAAAUUGGUGAAAGUUAUGGACUUUAUUAAGCGAGAUUUGGAACAAGAGGAAUCUGGAUAUGGUGAGUUUUGCGCUCAGUUUUACUUAAAGAUAAUGGUGCCAAGAGAUGAGUGGCCAACAGAUAAGUACGGCUGGCUGUCUGACUCGCACAUUGCCGCAGCGAUGCUCAUGUUUCACAGACGUUCCAUGCAAUCCAUAUCUCCAUAUUCUUCAUCUCGAGUUGCAUUUCUAGAUCGGUGGUUCGUGAAGUCAUGGGUUAAUGACUUCGAAAAACAGGACAAGAAGAAGAUUGAGGUGUCAGAUAUGUACAUCAAGGCUUUCAAUGGAGAAUAUCCGGAACAGUUUGUGACCGGAAAGAAAUGGUAUGAAGAUGUCGACACCUUGUUCCUCUGCCACCAUGUUAACGGAGACCAUUGGGUUGCUCUACGCAUUGAUUUACGGAAGUCGACAAUCCAUGUAUAUGAUAGUAUUCCGAGUGUGGUGAAGGAACAUAAGGAUCUGACGGAGGAGUGCAGACCGUUCAUGAAAAUGAUUCCACUGGUGCUUAACAAGAUGCUGCCUCCAAAUUCGGGAAGGAAGAAGACUGAGCAGCAGUUCGCCUUACGUAGGCACAAGGAUGCCCCCCGGAACGAUGACCCAGGAGAUUGUGGUGUGUACUCUUUGAAGUACAUUGAAUGUCUUGCUAUUGGAUGUACUUUUCAGGGCUUGAGUGAUACGAUCAUACCGGAACAAAGAAUGAAGUUGGCAGCAGAGAUCUAUGAAGAGGUGGCCGAGGUUGAUGCAGAAGCAUGAUUUACUGGUUGCUUUGACCAAUUAUAAUGUUGUAGGACGUGUAUCAUGGAUUUUUUAUUUUAGUACUUGGAGUAGUAGAUUUAACUUGGAUGGUUUUAUUUAAAUACUCUUUAGUAGUAUGAUUUGGUGGUUGCUUAGAUCAA